AUGUCAAAUUACACCCAAUUAACUCCAAGUGAUACAGCUUCUGGCCCUGUUGCAACUGUCCUUUGUUGCAACUGUGGUGUUCCUAUGGACGGUUCACAGGGGCUUGUUAUGUGUUAUGAUUGUAUAAAGUUGAACGUUGAUAUAACUGAAGGUAUCCCCAGGGAGGCAAAUGUUUCGUUCUGCAGAAAUUGUGAGAGAUUUUUACAACCUCCAGGGCAGUGGAUUAGAGCUCAACUUGAAUCAAGAGAGCUUCUUGCACUCUGUCUCAGACGUUUGAAAGGUUUGAACAAGGUAAGAUUGGUGGAUGCAUCAUUUAUUUGGACAGAACCACAUUCACGAAGAAUUAGAGUUAAACUCACUGUUCAAGGUGAAGCCAUGGCCAAUACUAUAGUCCAGCAGACAUUUGAAGUUGAAUAUGUUGUCAUUGCAAUGCAGUGUCCCGACUGUGCAAAGUCAUACACUACAAACACAUGGAGGGCGACCGUUCAAAUAAGGCAAAAAGUUCCUCAUAAAAGGACAUUUUUGUACUUGGAGCAAUUGAUUUUAAAACACAAUGCUCAUAUGGACACAGUUUCAAUUCAAGAGACCAAGGAUGGAUUGGAUUUCUUUUACGCACAAAAGAAUCAUGCAGCAAAAAUGGUUGACUUUUUGACUUCGGUUGCACCUGUGAAAGUGAAAAAAUCCGAGGAGCUUGUUAGUACUGAUAUACACUCGGGCUCUUCCAGUUACAAAUUUUCCUUCUCCAUUGAAAUCGCCCCGAUUUGUCGUGACGAUUUGGUGGUAUUACCAAAGAAAUUGGCACACUCGAUGGGAAAUAUUUCACGGUUGGUAUUAUGUAACAAAGUUAAUAAUGCCAUGCAAUUUGUUGAUUUCAGUACGUUGCAAACAGCCGACCUAUCGUCUCAAGUGUAUUGGAGAUCACCAUUCCCUUCCUUAUUAGAUGCAACCCAACUAGUCGAGUUUAUUGUUUUGGAUGUUGAGCCCACUGGUGACAUCAAAGGAAAAUACGUUUUGGCGGAUAUUGAAGUUAGCCGAGCCAGUGACUUCGGGUCUAAUGACCAAACGUUUUAUGUGAGGUCGCAUUUGGGCGCUAUUUUGCAUCCCGGAGAUUCGUGUCUUGGAUAUUAUUUAACAAACUCAAAUUUGAAUUCCGAGCUUUGGGAUACAUUGGAUACUGAUAAUACACCAGAGGUGGUUAUAGUCAAGAAGCACUAUGCAAGAAAAUCAAAGAAAUCAAAGAAUAGAAAGUGGAAGUUGAAGAGAAUGGCUAAGGAACACAACGAUAUUAUCGCAAAUGAUGAUUCAAGACAAGCCAGACAAGAACAAGAAAAGGCCGAAAGAGACUAUGAAUUGUUCUUGCAAGAAUUGGAAGAAGAUGAAGAAUUGAGACAAACAAUCAAUAUGUAUAAAGCUGAUGAAGGGCAACCGCAAAAGAACGAUGACGACAUUGAUGAAGAAGAUGAAGACGAUGCUCCAAGAAUUGCCAUUGACGAGUUGCUUGAUGAACUUGAUGAAAUGACAUUACAAGAUACGCCGAUGAAUGAAUAG